AUGAAUCCCUUGGAAUUUUCUAUCCUCGAUAAAGCUAAUUUGCCCGACGACCGCUGGUACCUGUGUACCAAGUGCUUUCAACGCUUCCUGUGGGUCGAUCUCUCGCCGCGGCAGCUUCGUUGCCGAUACUGCCGCCUGCCGGAAAAGGAUUGCGCCAUCUGUGACAAGGUCUUCGAGCCGUCGAAUCGGGAGCAUAUGUACUGCAAGCGCUGCGACUACUUUCUGAUUCAGCAUGCUGCCGUCAAGCCGCCCCCGAUUCUAGAGAAGAGCGAGUCGCAGGAGACGGAGUCGGAGAAUUCGACACAGCGUGUCGCUACAGUCACUGAGCGUUGGAAGGAAAUUCAGUGUGAGGCCGGCCUUUUGGACGAUGAUGAGAAUUUGAGUGAUUGAAUAAACCCCAUGUUCUCGGAGGGGACUGAUC